AUGGGGGAGCAUAUCGAGAACAAGGGCACGCGCCCUAGCGCGAUCGUCGUCGGUGCUGGUGCCGGAGGUGUCGCUACCGCAGCGCGGCUCGCAGCGGCAGGCUACAAAGUUACUGUAGUCGAGAAGAACGAUUUCUCUGGCGGAAGAUGCAGUUUGAUACAUCGUCACGGAUAUAGGUUCGACCAAGGUCCGAGUUUACUACUCCUACCUCGAUUCUUCCAUGAAACAUUCGAGGAUCUGGGCACCUCGCUCGAUGCAGAGGGCGUCAAGCUGGUCAAAUGCGAACCGAACUACAAUGUUCAUUUCCACGAUGAUACUACCUUCAAACUCUCCACCGACAUCUCCAUCAUGAAGGCUGAAGUCGAGCGUUUUGAAGGCAAAGACGGAUUCGAGCGGUACCUUGCUUUCCUGCAAGAAUCACAUCGACAUUAUGAGGUGUCCAUCAUCCAUGUGCUGAAGAAGAAUUUCUACUCGUUGCUGAGCAUGGUCCGUUUCGACUUCUUGCUGCAUCUCUUCGAGCUGCAUCCUUUUGAGAGCAUCUAUUACCGGGCGAGCAAGUACUUCUGGACAGAGAGGUUACGGAGAGUCUUCACGUUUGCAAGCAUGUAUAUGGGCAUGAGCCCGUUUGACGCUCCGGGAACGUACAGUCUGCUGCAAUAUACGGAGCUGGCGGAGGGCAUCUGGUAUCCUAUUGGCGGUUUCCAUAAAGUGGUCGAAUCUCUUGUCAACGUAGGUGAGCGUUUGGGUGUCGAAUUCAAGUUCAACAGCCCGAUUCGCAACAUACAGAUAUCAGACGACGGGAAACGUGCGACCGGCGUGGUUUUCGAAGAUGAGAGCCAGGAGCCAUUGACCGCUGAUGUGGUUGUCUGCAACGCAGAUUUGGCCUAUGCAUACAACAACCUUCUCCCGUCCACCUCGUUUGGACGAGCUCUCCUGAAACGUCAAGCGUCUUGCUCAAGCAUAUCCUUCUACUGGGCGCUAGACCGACAAUUCCCCGAACUAAGCGCUCACAACAUCUUCCUCGCGGAAGACUACAAAGAGAGCUUUGACAGUAUCUUCAAGAAGCACCUGAUUCCAGAUCAACCCAGCUUUUACGUCAACGUCCCCUCCCGCGUCGAUCCUUCCGCCGCGCCAGAGGGCUGUGAUUCCAUCGUUAUCCUGGUCCCAGUCGGUCACUUGGAAGGCUCAUCUGACGACCAACACAAGGGCUCGGGGCACACGAAAGGCCUGACCCAAGACUGGGACUCGAUGGUAGCAUCAGCACGUGAAACCAUCAUCAGAACCAUGGAAAAGCGACUCAAGAUCUCGCUCGGUCCCCACAUCAUCGAAGAGACCAUCAACACGCCCGUGACAUGGAAAUCCACCUUCAACCUCGACCGUGGCGCCAUUCUCGGUCUCAGCCACUCCUUCUUCAACGUGCUCAGCUUCAGGCCCAAGACAAAGCAUCGCAGCAUCGAGGAUCUGUACUUUGUCGGCGCGAGCACACACCCUGGCACGGGUGUUCCCAUUGUACUUGCUGGUGCGAAGCUGGUCACCGAACAGAUCCUCCAUGACCGCAAUGAAAUGAGCCGCAUCCCGUGGCGCCCGCUGGACGCCAAGGCAGAGCCCAAGCCAGCUCCUGGUCCCCUGGAUCGCACUCAGAACGGACCGUAUCUUAGCUGGCUUGUCUGGAUAUUGUUGAGCAUUGCCCUUGUGUUUGUGACGGUACCGGGUGUUUUGGUGUAUCAGAAGGCUGGUAAUGGGUUGCUGGGCGAUUGGUAG